UAUUGUUUGGGUCCGGAGAGGGAGGCCGGGGGUGAGUCAGUGUGGCGCCCACUCUGUAGGUGAACGGCAGCUGCUGCUGCUGCUGCUGCUGUCGUCCAAGGUUAACCACCCUCCCUCCACCUCCUCAUCAUGCUCUUCCUUAAAGUUGCCAGGGUUUCCAGGCUCGAGAAUCCCCGUUAUUGGGGCUAGGAGAGCAGCAGCAGCACCUCCUCUUCCCCCCUCUAUCCCACGGCCGGACGGUCGGAAAAUGCAGGGCCGCCGCUGUCCCAUGGCGAGUGGUGGAGAGAGCGUACAAGUGUCAGAAUUGUGGUUGUGUGGUGGUGGUGGUGGUGAAGGUCGCGCUCCUCUCAUAUACCCCAACACUUCCGCCUGAAGGUGCAGAGCCUGGGCGGACAGCAGGAGAGGCGGAGGGAGGCUGGUGGUGAGUGCUCUGGGCCCCAGGGAACACUUCUGCUCUCCGGCUGGUGGUACUAUGUAAGUACACCUUCACCGUGCUUGGGUGUAACCUGCAGAAUGAAGGAGGCAGAGCGUUCCCCCUCUCCUGGAGUCGGCUCUGGCCGUGCUGGACCCAGAGGUUCGGUGGCAUCGCUAAGCUCACUGGGUGGCAGUGUGCACGAUGAACUGUUUCGCUCUCCCAGACAUGCUGAGGCAGCUCUGCGUCGCAUGGAGGCAUAUUAUGCCCGGGGCCAACUCUGUGACGUUACAUUGGUGGCAGGAAAUCGUCGCAUUAGAGCUCAUCGGUUGGUGCUGAGUGCGGCAAGUGACUACUUUGCUGCCAUGUUUACAUCCCCAGUGUUGGAGGCCACUCAGGAGGAAGUAGCUAUGAGGGACAUGGACUCUGAUGCUCUUCUCACUCUGGUCAACUACUGCUAUACAGGUACUCUGGAACUUCAUGAAGAUACAGUGGAAGUCGUGUUGUCCACUGCACAUCAUUUACUAUUAACAGAAGUAGUAGAUGUGUGCUGUGACUUUCUCACCAAACAGCUUCACCCAGCCAAUUGCCUUGGUAUUCAAUUAUUUGCAGACACUCAAGGAUGCUCAGAACUCCACCGUGUGGCUUCAACGUACACAGCAGAACACUUCCAGGAAGUGAUGCAACACCAGGAGUUUGUUCAGCUUCCCACAGAAGAAGCUGCACGUCUCCUGGCUUCCGACGAUCUUAAUGUUCCUUCUGAGGAGCUCAUCUUUCAGGCAUUGGUGGUAUGGUUAAAGCAUGAUCUUGAAACACGAACAAAGGAUAUGUCCCGCUUAUUAGGUCUUGUGAAGCUUCCCCUACUCUCACCACAGUUCUUGACGGAUCACAUAGAAACAAAUUCACUCUUCAAGGAAGACCGAGAGUGCCAAGAGUUGAUACUAGAAGCCCUCAAGUACCAUUUACUACCAGAAAGACGUUCCACUCUCCAGUCUCCACGGACCAAGCCCAGAAAAUCCACUGUAGGAGAUCUUUUUGUUGUUGGAGGCAUGGACUCCAAUAAGGGUGGGUGGAGAGGAAGCUCGACUGGAAUUGAAAAGUACAACUUGAGAACAAACAGCUGGACUACUGUGGGAACAAUGACUGGGCGACGAUUACAGUUUGGCGUUGCAGUUUUGGAUGGCAAGCUGCAUGUGGUUGGUGGAAGAGAUGGUCUCAAGACACUAAAUAUUGCUGAAGCAUAUGAUCCAAGCACUAGCACAUGGUCUCAACUUCCUCCAAUGUCAACUCACAGACAUGGCUUAGGUGUUGGCGUUUUGGAGGGUCCCCUAUAUGCUGUUGGUGGUCAUGAUGGUUGGAGUUACCUUAACACUGUGGAGAGAUGGGAUCCACAAGCACGGCAGUGGAGCUAUGUUGCACCAAUGUCUUCUUCAAGGUCAACAGUGGGUGUAGCAGUUCUCAAUGGGAGACUUUAUGCAGUGGGAGGGAGAGAUGGCUCCUCGUGCUUACGGACUGUCGAGUGUUAUGAUCCACAUACCAAUAAAUGGACCCCCUGUGCACCAAUGGGCAGAAGGAGAGGUGGUGUUGCAGUUGGGGUAAUCAAUGGCUUUCUUUAUGCGGUUGGUGGUCACGAUGCUCCGGCAUCCAAUCCAUGUGCUUCCAGAUUUGACUGUGUUGAGAGGUACGAUCCCGCAACAGACACGUGGACUCAAGUAGCAUGUCUAAGCGUGGGCUGUGAUAGUGCAGGAGUGAGUCUCCUGGGUGAUCGCUUAUUUUGUGUUGGUGGUUAUGAUGGCCAAACUUACCUGAACCUUGUGCAUGCCUAUGAUCCUCAGACUAACGAGUGGACACAGAUGGCUCCAUUGACAACGGGUCGUGCUGGUGCUUGUGUAGUGGUGGUAAAGAAGGAACACUGACCCGGGACUGCCCAGCUACUCUAAGUUUAUUUGUAGAUAAGCUGACUCCAAAAUAUUCUGAACUAAAUGAUAAAACCAAGCAAUAAUUCUUCUUCACUGAAUCUCUAUCUUGUCCAAGCUCUUCCUGGAGUUGUUUAUGCCAAAAGGAGACUUUUAGUUGUAGUAGUUUAAAGCAUUAUGAACCUAUUGGUAUUGAAAUUUGUAACUUAUGAUGGCAUUUGUUUAAUUGUAAAUUCUUCCUAAAAGAUUUGGCUUUAUAACCAUUCUCUCAGAGGAUGAAUAGGAGUAAUAUUAACAGGUUUUUAAAACAUGAUGUCUUUAUGCAUCACAUGUUAAUGUCUGUGAUUUAAGCCUGUAAUUCCCUUUUUAUUUUUCUCCCUGUUCUUAGUAUUAGUUAAUGAAAGUAACAAAACUGUUACAUCAUUACCGGUAGAGAUUGGGCUGUGUAGGGUUAAUAAGCAGCAUUGAACUAAGGAGACAAAAAUACACAUUAUAAUAUGGUAUUUAAUAAUGAAGAGAUUGUUUUGGAACCGAUUGAGAAAAUUUAAAUGCAGAAAUUAUAGGAAAAUAAUGUGUAUGCCUUUAAACUUUUGAGAAUUAUUCUAUAUAUUGCAGUCCAUGUAAUACAAGGAAUUGAGGGAAGUUUAUAUAAGUACACUGUAGUUUAUUAUUUUGAAAAUCUUGAGUACAUACUGCUUAUCUGCUCACAAACUAGUGUGUUACAUGUAUGUGUAAUAAAUUGUUUUCUAUGUUUAUUUUAUAAUUUUUACAAAAAAUCUACUUGCAUAAUGUGAUCUCUACUUUUGCAGAGCUAGGUGGCUUUCUACACAUCUAAUCCACACACACACCCACACAACAUCCUGCAUUGUUCUUACAUAAAUGUCUUUUAGUGUCAUGUUGUCGUGUGUGGGUUGGGGUUAUUCCAGUUAUUUUGUUGUUAUAUUCCGAUUCUGUGCCACAUAAAAUGCCUUGCACUACUGUGCACUCCCAUGUACCUCCUCACUUACUGAUAUUACACCUUCUGCUGCACUGCUGGUAAUUAGCCUACUCUGAAUGCUUCACCUGUGCAUUAAUUAAAUAUAAAUGGUGGCAUAAUAUGUCUGCAUCCUGAUAUUUCCUCUCUUGCCUCUCUUUUUUUUUUUCCUUUUAUGCUAUCAAAAUAUUUAUCAUGCCCUCCCCUGCCCAGCCUGGCUCUUAUCAUCAUUCCAUACCUAUUAUCACCUUUGCUUUUCAUAGCUAGUCUAUAUCCUAGUAAAUAAUGCAUUAUGUAUGUAUACUUUUUAUGGUCUAGUUGCUGCAUCUAUCCAGUUUGUGUUCAUACCCCUAUUCCAUAAAAUCAUUCCAAGUUUGAUACUGCUAUGGCCUUCAUUAUAAUGACAGUCUGCAAUUUAGAAAUGAAUCACUGUAGAAUAGUUAUUUGUAUCACACAGAUAAUAUAGAAUAGCAUGUGCUUGAACUUUGAAAUUACAGUCUCUGUCAACACUGAUUGUCGUAAGGGAACAAGUCAAAAGCAAUAGCUAAUAGCAGUGCUUGCUUUCAGUGAAAGGCUAGAAAGCAUUAGGUUCAGCAAUGCUUGAAUUAAAAAGGGAAUUCUGCAACUAUAUCUAUAUGUUGUACAUCUGGCCCAAGGAAACAAGUAAGCAAAGAAGCAAGAGUAUGUCGAGAUGUGAGCAUUGUUAUGGAAAUUUUGUGAUAGUCUGAGGUGUAUGUUUGAGGCUUUUUUGUUAUGUUUGUCAUUUGAGGGACUACUUACUUUAUGUACCAUACAUAUUGGGUUUAUAUAAAUUUAAAUUGUUUUGAGUGUGUCCACAGUGACUAUUGAAGCUAUGGUUAAUGUAGUAUACUGAAGGUUAAUCUAUUACUCGGUAAAUUUGUUUUCAAAUGAAAACGUACUGGAAGCAUACUGGGAAUGUUAGUGAAAUGUUUUCGCAAUAUGAAAGUGUAUGAAGCCGAGAAGAAAACUACAGGUUUCCGUUCUCCAUAGCUAUUUAUAGGGCAUAUGCAAGGAGUUGCUACGGAAAUGGUAUAGAUAUAGGAGCAAAAUGGUUAAUUAUUGAAAAGGGACUUGCUGUUGCUGAAAAGGGAAAUGGAAAGGAGCUCAGUUGAAAUGAAAAUGGUAACAUGGGAUGGGAAAGAUUACAAAGUGGGGAUUAAGCUACUUACUGAUGAUUGGAUCAUAUUUGUAAUAGUAACUGAAAGGCUUUUAGCAUACAGUAUUUGUAAGAUUUUUAAUCAAGGUGACGAUGUUGCUGAAAGUCAUUGCUGGCGAGACUAAUAUGGUGCAAGUUGAAAGGAGAAAGCCAGAUCGUGAAUUUAAUUAAACGAUUAAAAGUUAGAAUAGGCACAUAAUUUUAAACUUUUUAGGAAGUUUUAUGAUAAGGAUUGAGAAACAGGAUAUGGUACACAAAAUUGUUAUUUUUUUUUUAAUCUAGUCAAGAAAUGUAAACAUGUAGGUUUGUAAGUGUAAUGGUUUAAUUGUUAAUAAGUUUAAGCAUGCUGCAUUAUAUGGUGGGAUAAACUUGUGUAGGCAUUAUGUGAAUUGUACAAAGAACCGGUAGUAAAAUGUUUUGGAAAUAAUGGACAGUGUAUUCUAAUGUGUUUUGGAUAUGAGCGGAGAUGAAUUUAGAAGAAAUGUGCAAGAGGAUGAGUGAUGAAACUCUGUAGUAAAUGGUGGAGGAAACCAAAAAUAGUGGUAGGAUUAGAGUUGGAGUUAAAUGGCGAACAAAAAAGCAGUGGCUAGAAUUAUGUAAUUGGUAUGGAAUGAUAUUCAGUGAGCCCUUGAUGGAUAGUGAAAGUGUAUUGGAUGUGAAUAAGGAUAAGCAGAGAGAAUUUUCUUAAGCUAUAAAAUAUUUUAACACAAAAUUCAUUGAUAUCUGUUAGUCAUAGACCUUUGGGCCAUUUUGUUCCCAUACACAAGGUACAGUACAUUGAUAGAUUAAGAUCGUUCACCUUUUGUGUUGCCCGUUUUGUUAACACACCAUAUGCCAGGACAAACUAUUGGGUAUUAUUUAUUUGAAUGUACCAUUAUAUUUUACUCCCAGCUUUUUAGGGAAGAACCUUUCCCCGGCUUUGGUAGUAUGGUAUUGCAAAAUGGCUGUGCAGAAUUGUCAUUCAGGAGUAAAAGCACAUAAACUCUUAGCUGAAUUUCAUUGGAUGUUUGUAAACAUUGGAAGGAUUCUUUGGAGUAUGAAUGAACUUUGGUAGUAAAUCAUAGUAUGUACCCCUAAGUAAAGUUUUGUUUCUCUUGAUGGUGGUAAACAUGUAGUAUCAUUAUAGCUUGGGGAGGCAUAGGUGCUGGGAAUGUAACAAUUCUUGGUAAUUGUAACAAUUCUUGGUAUGGUACAAAAUGUGCUCCCCAAUUUAAAUAUUUUGUAUUAAAUAGUACAUUAGAUAGUAUGCACUGAAUAAGCCAUGGCAAAAUUUGAGAUUUUGUUUGUUUUGUUUUAUGAUAAUCAUAUACUGUACUAAAAACCUUUCAAAACAUUGACACAUUCCAGCACUUAAUAAUGCGCAACAUUUGCAUGCGAGUUAGUGUACUGGAUAUGCAUGCAGUGAUACAAACAUACUGUGUAUAAACAUAUUUUGUAAAUUGUUUAAUGUAUACACAAAGAGGAUAUUAUCAAAUUUGUACAAUUAUUGUUGUAUUAAAUUUUUGUAUAAAGAUUGUGAAAAAUAUUGUCAGCAUAAUAUCAAAUGAAACUAAAUUUAUUGUAGAGUAGCCUGCUAGUGCAGCACAUUGUGCUUGCCACAAACUGUUCUUCUCAUUGGUUGGUCCUCACACAAGUGGCUCCUCCUUUCAAAUAUGACAGUCUUAGUUUUUGUAAGAACGAUAAUGGCAGCAGACUGAUACAGAUUGUUGCUAUUGUCCGAUGCUUAAGCUCGCAUUAAUGUCCUCGUUUCUUUGACAGAAUCGUGAGGCUGUUGUACUAAGUUUGAGAGAGGUAGAGGGUUGCACCUUGCAUGGGAGCUGUUUUAUGAAUGACGUCACUUGCCUUUAUAACUCUAAUGCAUCCAAAUGUUGUUUUGCAGGUGAUCUUUAAGUUUGAUCAUAUGAGCAAAGUCUAAGGUUCUUGUCAUCACAAGGUGCAUGUUAAGAAGUACACUAUAGUUUUUUUUAUACAUAUAUAUAUUAGUUAGCUUCAUGUUUAGCUUUCCUAAGUUGCUUUUUCCAGUAAUGUGUUGAAUAAAUUGUAUAUAGUGUAAUUUGAUACUGUUUUUACAAAGAGUAAAAUGUGCUAGUAGUAGGAGACAAAAAUAGUAAAAGCAUGUUGGCAUGAGAUUCCAUUUCCAUUUAUGUAAAGGAAAAUGAGCAGUCUUUUAAUAAACUAAUUUAAGGUUUGUCAGCCCCAUAAACUUGUAACUGACAAAGGUGCCUUCAGAAACAGUGUUUUGGGCCUCUUGCAAUUGAAGCCUUAAUUAAUUUCACCAAGUUUACUUUACUAAGUAAAUGGUUUUAGAUGCCACAUGAACCCAGUAAUAUGCAGUAAAUUCUUCACAAUAAUGAUCAGAUAUGACAUUAAAAAACAUUAAAAUAUUAGAUGUGAUCAUUUAUUGGUUAAAUAUUUACUUUUCACAGCAUUAAAGGCAAUAACAUUUUGAUUUUUUUAUAUAAUACAAUCAUAGUUCUGGAUCCAUGGGAAUACUGAGGGCAGGUAUCUUCAACUUUUCUGGAACUGGAUUUUUAAAAUACCGUAUUUUAAAAAAAUAUGAAUACAGCAAUUAUCUUGAAAUGAACUUGACAUUUUAAUUUCAGCGCCUGUAAAUAUUCCUGAAGCAAGUGCCGAUUAUUAAGGUCUAUUUUACUGGAUGAAGUAAUAAAUGUGUGCAGUGGAGAAUAGAUGAUCGUGUGAGAGUAAUUAUAUUUUUCUUAAAAUUUGUAUUUUACCUUGCUGGCAUGGGAUAAAAACACAUUAAAAAUAGAUCCAUACACUGAUAAACAGAUGAUGGCAUGUACAAAGUUUGAGUUGGAGCAGGAAAGUACCAUAAAGCGCAUUUUGUAAUCACAGCUUUAGACCAAUUGGUAAUUUAAACAUACACCUUCAAAUAGAUAAGAAGUUGACUUCAAAGUAACUUAUACAAGUUGAAGUGCACUAAUCAAGUUUUAAGGGUAAUAAGUACUCCCAUGAAACAAGAAUUUAAUAAGGUGUUUGUAAUAUUGAGUUUAGCUACAUCAAUUUCUUGAUGGCCUGAUUAACCCAGAAAUGAAUAAGGAGUUGAUAACAAAAAUCUGUCCUUAUCAAGAAAAAUAUAAGAAUGAAUUACUGCAACAUAGUUUGCAUCCUUUAACUGCCAGUCUUAUUCCAAUUAUUGACAUACGUCUUAAAGGGCACAUUGUAGUUGAUAUGUAAGCAUUCAGGCUCAAGUAUUGAUAUCAUAUUAGCUAUGCAGAUGAGUCACAAUAACGUGGCUGAAAUAUGUUGACCAAACCACACACUAGAAAGUAAAGUGACAAUGUUUCGGUUCGUUCUGAACCAUUCUCAAGUCGAUUGUGAAUGAACGAAAUGAAACAACGUCGUCCCUUCACUUUCUAGUGUGGUGUUUGGUCAUCAUAUUAGCUAUGUUUAUUAUGGUUUAAAAUUGAAUGAGAAACAUUUUUCAGCAUAUACCUGUAAGGUGAUAGACAUAUGUGAAAUUAAAGUAUAGCAUGUACAUUUUAGGAAUUAAUAAAUGCUAAUAUUUUAGUAAUGACAACAAUAAAUGGCUCAAUAAGGUUACCUACUUUUGCCUAGCUUAAAUCUUGAGGUGAAAUGUUGCAGGGAUUGGCUCAAGCUGAUCCUAUUUGUGGUGAUGCUAGCAGCUAGUGAGGCACUACUGCUUGUAAACUUUGUGAUAUUAAACCCUCCUCUUCUUUCUGCUCUUGCAUUAAUAUUUCUACAAAUCUGCAAGAUGCAGAGAAGUUAAUGUUCAAAUAUUUUAGAAAUGUGUGAACCUUGUGAAGAGAGGGAUGAAAUGGGUGCACUAAAAUGAUACUGUUUUUUUCUAGUUCUCAAAUUAUGGAGAUAAAUGUCCUAUUUUAAGAAUAUUUGUAUGAUAUAAAGUUACAUUUCUUAAAUCUCUUUAAUAAGCUAAAUUAUCUCCAGUUAUCAGCUUUAAGAUUAUAGAUACCUGAUGAAUUAGGUAUACAGUAUAUAGACGGCUGUAAAAUGUUGAAAGCUUUCAAAAUUUUACGAGAAUCAAAAACACUAAUACAGUACUGUUUAAAAACCAGAGAGACAGUAAUAGGUUGUAAUAUUUAAUCUCUCUCCUUAACUAGCAAACUAGCACAUCAUCAUUCCUCUCUUCUGCAAUGGUUUACUCUUGUAUGCGCUCACUAUGACAUGGACAAUCUUGUACUCAAGGAACUCCCAUUGUUGGGCGUUAAAAGAGCUCUACCCUCUUUGCCCUUCAUGAGACUCCACACCACAUAACCUUUAUAAAGCCACCUCAACGUGAAACUGAAGAUCUCUUGGAAAGUGAUUGCAUAAUAUUUGUGUGUGUUCGUGUUAAAUGUGAUUUUGUAAUACAUUGUAUACCUUAAGAGCACUUGACAAUACAUUAGAAAAUUUUACCCCUUGUGAACUGAAUUGUAAAGCGAGUUUUAGGGCUAGGCCAAGCAUUGAAACCUGAAGGUACGGUACUUGUAAUUACAAAAAUAGUCUAAAAGCUUGGUAGUUUGAGAAUAUUUGUCUUUUAUUAUUAAAAAUCUUUAACAUUGAUAAUUUUGGUACUGAAUUCAGAAAUAUCAAUAUUCUUGUUACUUUUUGGAUCAUAGUUACUGUAAUAGCAAGAGGAAGCUCGGUAUUCAAGGAGAGGUGGUUGAUUUGUCUUCGUUGAUGGUUGAUGACAUUUAGAGCAUAUAUAAACAAAGAUUCUCCCAUUUUGUAUUGAUAUAAUUGGCAGCUAAAUGUUUGAGCUAAGAAAACUGUGGUCUGUUCUUCUGAUCAAGUGCUUAUGUAUAUUAAUGGUGUCUAUUAUUUAUUACUGUGAAGUAACUUGCAUAUUGAAUAUGCUUGACGAUAAAUAGUACUCCAAUUAUUCUUGCUGGUAUUUUAAAACGUAGUUGUAACAAGCCUCUUCAGGUACUGGCUUUCAAUUGUGUUACUAUACACACAAUGUGAUAAUCUGUACAAGGUAUUUGGAGCUCAACUUUUCAGAAACUAUAUUGAUGGUUCUGAAUAUAUUGAGUAUGAUGUGAAUAUCCAUAGAUUUAAAAUGUUAAAUGUGCUGAGAAUUUAAAUAUAUUACAAUGCAUAAGUUGAAGAUUUCAUCUUGAAUGUACUUUUUGUUCAUUUUUUUAGCAAUUGUGUGCGUCUGUGCAGAAUUUACGUGUGGUCAUAGAGAAGCAAUAAAAUAGAAUUUUGAUGUCCUAUGAUCAAAUUUUGACGUCAUUUGCUAGACGAUUCUAACUGUAUUCUGGUUCUCCUCUGGUUUAAAUUAAGUUACUCUUCAGAAAUGUUUUUAUAUAGACUAAUGGUGUAAUAAAUUCAUAAAUACCUUCAGACAGUGUUGUGACACAAAGUAUAGAGCAGUAUUAAAUUGAGCACCUCUAGCUUUUGAGAGGUUCUGGGCAUUCUUGAAAUAUUGUUAAAUUUGUUUACUAAUAAAUGGUGACAAUGAACAUUAUCUUGCAGUUAAUGUAUGCAUUGUACAGUAUUCCAAAGAUGUGCACAGCAUUUUAACCUCUUAGUUUAAGAAUUUAAAGCAGCUAUUAUUUUAAGUAGAGUAUUUAGGCCUUGACACCUAAAAUUGUCUAAAUAUGUAGAUAUGCAUACACAAAUGUGUGUGUGUAUGUAUAUAGAAAAAUGUAAUCGAUUGCACAUAACUGUCCAUUUUGGAGGAUUGCUACAUUUUGUCAAUCUUGAUGGUCGUUAAUGUAAUAGUAAUUUUUGCCAUUAGGUUCUCUUCGUAUUCUACUUGAAUUUUAUUUUCUGCAUUCAAAGAAUUUUUAUUUUCUGCAUUCAAAUCGGUACUUGGUUCACACAAAGUUUAACUUGAGCACUAAAGUUUUUGAUGAUCCUCAAAAUGUUUUUAAUUUUGUUAAACUGGCUUAAUACAACAUAGCUCUGAGAAAUAAGAAUAUAUAACAGGAUUGCCAAGGUGCUUUAUGCAAGGAGUUCAAAAUAUUGAUUAAAAGUUCAGAAGUAGCUUUUUUUUAGCAGGUAUAAAUAAAUGGUAAACCGGUUUAAAGUUUUUGAAUGUAUGCAAAUUUUGAAAAUGCUUAAUAAAAUAUGAAGUACAUACUGUAUAUAUUUUAGUACUUAGUGUUAUUCCAGUGAAAGAAAAAAAUAAAUCUCAUUGACAACUAAUACUAUCUUUUUUGGAUAAUUUCCCCAUUGUGUGGUGCUAUCUGUCCAUAUGUAAAUUAAUAGGUUUUGUGCUAACUUGAGAAUCCUGAAACAUAUUUAUUAAUUGUAUGACACAUUAAUCCUGCUGUGGCCACCUCAAAAUUUGGAGCUCCCCGAGGAAGUAAGGCAUCGAGACUAUAGGUAGAUACUGUAGGUGCAUUAAAUAGUUUUUUUGGGAGGGGAGGGGGGGGGGGGGCAGGUGGGGUUUAUUACCCUGGUGGCUGCUUUAGAAAUUGAAAAGUAUUUUGGCAAGUGUGAAGAGUGGUAUUUGCCACAGGAUUUGAACCCGACAAGAAUUUGAACCAGUGUAGCCCCCUCUUGGCAGUCCGGAAAGUUUAUUGCAAUAAUUUUCGUAUCUUAUCUCAAGAAUUGGCCAGCCAAAUUGUUAGAUUUGAUGCUUGUGGAUGAGGGUUAUAUAAAAUUGGGUAUUACAGUAUUUUAUCUUACUGCUCAGUAGCACAAGAGAUUUUGAUUUUUGUUUUACUGUGUAUUGUUUUAAUUGAAAUGUUCACUCUUUGAAUCAAAUUUUUUAUGAUUUGAUCCAUAUAUGCUUUGAGAACUUGGGGGACUUAGAGGCUUUUAGUGUCCUGUUACGACAAGUACUGCAGUUAUAUUUUCUCUUCUAUUUGAGGCAAGCAUGUUUUUUGGCACUUAGUAGAUUGCAACAGGUUUAGUAUGCACAUGUUUUUAGGACUUUGUGUGCGUAUUGACUGUAGAUGGUUAGUGAGGCGGGGUUAGAGGGAUCAACCCAUUUUUCUAUUGCUCUUGUAUACUCAUGUACACUACUCUGUAGGAUGAUUGACAUUUCUUUACAUAUUUGCACCUGGAAUUCCUGUCAUGAAAGAGCUGUGUAAUGUGUAGCAAAGGGUUUAGAAUUAUUAAAUUUUCUCUGAUGCCCGAAUAUGUAUUUUUAAUGCUUUGAAUGCAGAAAAUGAGAUAAACAAUGUUAAGAUUUUUGAGUUCCUUGCACAGAAGUAAUUUUGUAAUGGCUUAAUAUUAUGGAACUUGUAAGUUCAUAAGCCCCCAGUGACCAAUGCAUGUCUUUCACACUUUGAUCUUUGUUGUUUUAUAUAAAAUGGUAAGAAUAAUGUAAGAGUAUUUGUAUGUACUGAGCAGAGAACUAGGUAGUUGUACAAUUUCUCCACUGUACAAACUUAUUAAAUAUAUUAGCUUUAAUAAGUCAGUUGAUAUCUCUUAGUGUCAUGCAGCUAGUAGCUCCAUUUUAAAAUUAAGGUGCCCUGUUCUCUGUAGAUUACUUACAGUAAUCAUAGUUUGAGGUCCAAUACCCGGUCAUGCACUAUGUUGAGUAAUUUGGUUUUGUCCAGACAGCUGGUAAUGAUAUUUGAGUACAGUAGUUUUAAACGUUGUAGUAAAGUUUUGGAAUUGUUCUGAGACUAACUGUAUAUAAUUGAAUACAACUUGUCCUUAGAUAAGUUUUUGUAGUGUGAACGUUAAAAAAGGCCGAAGUUAAUAGUGUUUAAGCAAUUAUUAAUUUCUAAGUGCCUAAUCCAUUAAUAUUUUACUAGUUUCAUUCCAAAAGUUAAUUUGUUAUUAUACCAUUUCAUCAAAUUGAACUGUUGCUGAAUGGAGCUGUUUUUUAUAAUAAAAGUGUGUGUGACAUUUGUAAGUGAUGCAGAUGAUGAUCCAUAAAGUGAAAUGCUGUUUAGGAGUUAUCUGUAUAAAGAACUUUCUGCAAUUAUUUGAUCUCUUGACAUUCCAUGGUGUAAGAUUAUGAUUUUAAAUUUGAGAAUUUUACAGCAGUUCACUCGUGUAGCUUUGAGUGCACCAAGAUUGAAAAAAUGAUCAACGUUGAGUGAAGAUACCACCUAUAUUGAUUACAGUACUUAUUCAAGUACAGUAAUCAUCCUUAAGAAAACAUUAUUGUAAAUGGUCUAUAAUCCACUGCCAUGUUCUUUAGGGAGCAUACUAAUAUUAAACUAUAAUAAUUUUGGCAAUGCAUUCACUACGAAGAAUUGUUUCUAGUUGUGUGUGAAAUAUGGAAAUUUCUUAUCAUAGAAAAAUAAAUUUCUUAUGUUGAAAUAUAACAUUUUUGUUUAAUGCCAAUUAUACAAGGUUUUCUUCAUGAUAAUGUUUGGUUGUGAUAUGCCUUCCUAAGUAGGUGUUCAUGCAUGUACAUUAGUUGUAAAUCAUUUCAAGGGAACGAGUUUCAUGCUUUGGGUUUUGCUUUUGGCGAGACGUUCAUAUCCUCCUUUUUUUUUUAAUUCGAUAUUAAUGUACUGUAUAUAAAAUGAUAUUAUCAUAAUGCUUAUGUUUUAUCUACUUUCAAAAUAAUUUUGUCAUUCCUUGUAUUGGAUAUGUUUUUUACAUUGAAGUUCCAUGUCUUGUGAAUGAAAUAAAACAUAAAAGUAUUA